CCUAAAAUACAAUUCUCUCUCUCUCUCUCUCUCUCUGAGAAAAGACGGCAAGCACAACAAUGUUUCCACAUCUCUGUGAGGCAUGGCAGCCUCAAGAUUCUGUGCCUGAAGAGACCCUUUCACAACGCGAUGAGUUCUUGAUCGAAAUCUAUGCAAAUUUUGUGUAUGUAAGGAUGGGGAGCGAUGAUGCUGAUAGCAGCAGUAAUCCACACAUAAGCCCCACAACUUACAAGCCCUUCAGGCACAGCCGCGACCAUCUGAUACGAGACGCCACAUCCUGGUCGACCAUCUCCAGCAUGCUUUCCCAGGUCAAUGUUCCAUACCAUGUUCAGCCGCUCAUGAUCCGGAAAAUCCAUGAAGCAGCUCGGUCAAUCGCCAAUGCGUCAGUAAACAAGGACUUGAGGACUCUUCCAAUGGUCGUGUCCAUAAGGGUGGUUCAAGAAGUCCCUGGAGAGACAUUGCCUGUUCCUGAGGUACAGGCUGAACUGAUGAGCGUUCACGCAAGCGGGUCAGGGGCUGCGAGCUGGUCAUCAAUCCAGGCUCUAGAGAAAGUCAAAGUUGGAGGAGGGUCAGAGGAAAAAUGCGUGAUUUGUUUGGACCGUAUUAUGGUUGGUUCAGAAGCCGUUCGGAUGCCUUGUUUGCACAACUAUCAUGAAGAAUGCAUUGUGAACUGGCUGCAGAGGAGUAAUCUCUGUCCAUUGUGCGGUUUCCAAUGCCUAUGUGAUUCUCAGCCUUUCUUGACGAGGAGUAGCGGCUUUAAUCAGGACUUUGACAUUGAUUUGAAUUCGGGAGUAAUAUCUGCCCGUGUAGUCCUUUUCAUGUUCCUGUUAGGUUUCUUUUCUUGCAGUGAUCUCUAAGGUCAAUCUCAAUCAUGAGGUUGUUGGCCUUUAUCUUUAGUAGUUGUUCAACAGACAAACAAGUUUAGCAUUACUAUUAUUAUUUUUUUUUUUUUGAUUGGCUAAGGUAUUCCUACAUACAAGUUUUUCAUUGUAUUCUGGUCUGUAUGGGCAAAGAUUGAGGUGCUUCCGAGCCUUUUCUUGUG